UGAAGCUGCAGUAUCUAGUCCGUUUCCUUGCAAACAGUCGGCUUCUUUGAACCUCUUAUUUAGCAGGAUGAGGCGAACACGUUUCUUAGUGAGACCAGUUCGGUCUUGGCAGUACGUGGGUCUGAUGGUUGUGUCGUUAGCCUGCAUGACAUUGGGCCUGGUUUCGAGGGACCGCGAAGGAAGAUCUGGAAGUCUUGUUGGUCCAGAACUGAAGCAUUCUGCACCACAUAAGGUGGACGCUUGCCCAAAUGAGCUGGCCAUGGUAUUCCGACGGCUUGCUGACGACCCGGCUGACAAAGGACAAGAUUUCAGUGACAAUCGAAUUACUACCUAUAAGUUUGAUCAAUCGAGAGCACGGUCUGUGAGAUCAAGAUCAUUGGAUCGUGAGAGUGGACGAAAUGAACGUCGGUUUUUGGAAAGAAAUCGAGAGUCUAGUUUACGAGAAUUGGAGAAUCGAAGACUGAACAGAAAUAUCCGAGAAGCAGAGAAUCGAAGACUGAAUCGAGAUGUUCGAGAAAUGGAGAAUCGAAGACUGAGCGGCAGCAGAUUUAGUAGGGAUCGGAGCUCUAAGCGCGUUACUGAAGAACGACGAUCAGUAUCAGAACGACAGAUUCGAGAAGCUAUGGAACGUCGUGAUAUGAGGAACGCACGAGUUGAAGCUUCUCGAGUUCGGGAAAGUCGGGAUAGACGUCUUGAGGAAAGAGUUAGAGAAAUUCGUAACAGGCGUGUUGAGGAAAGUAGAGUUCGGGACAUGCGAGAACGACGUGCUAUUGAUGCCUCACGAGUUCGUGACACGCGAAAUGGUCGCACUGUAACAUCACGAGCUCAAGAAUCUCGAAAUGGCCGCCUUGCUUCUAGAUUAGUUGACUCACGAGAAGAACGUACUGUUGAAGUUUCGCGAAUCCGUGAAUUACAAAACGGUCGUCUUGCAGCCUCUAGAGUUCGUGACUCACGAGAUCGUCUCUCAGCUUCAAGAUUAUCAGAAGCCCGUGAAAGACGUUCUAUUCCAACAGAACGAUCUCGCGAAACCCGAAACGAACGUCUUGUAAGAUCUAGACUCUCCGAAAUGCGUGACUCGCGUCUUCUAGAAGUUUCCCGGGUACGAGAGACUCGAACUGAACAUAUUCCAGCUUCGCGAGCUCAUGACUCACGAGAUCGACGUCUCUCAGCUUCUAGAUCAUUAGAAACCCGGGAAAAACGUGACGUUGACAAGUCACGAGUCCAAGAAACACGAAACGAACGACUCGCUGCUUCUAGACUUCUCGAGCGCAGGACUCGUGAAGCAAAUGCUCAAAAUCGCGUUCCAUUAACCAGUCGAACUCAAGAACGCAGAUCCGCAGAACGUCAGCCGGUCAAUCGUCGCAUUGACAAUGCUCGUGAUUCAUCAGUAAUUUCUCGAGACCGCAAAGCAGACGCGAUCCGUGUCGAUCGCGUACCAGAACUUGCGGUCCAACUUACGCGACUUAACUACCUCAGUAAAUUCCCUGAAAUGAAAAUGAAGACAUCGAAUUACGAAUUCUUCAAAGAAGCUUUGGUAGCUGGUUUGUGCGCAGUCUACGCCGCGUCUGUUUUCCAAGGCAAGACAAGCUACUUCAGGAACAUCAUCCCCCAAACCAACCGCUUCGUUGUCUGGUAAAAAAUUAACAAGAUUCAAAAAUAUAUUUUCAACAACUGGCAAUUCUGGCACUCAUAUUUAUCUAUAUACAUAUAUAUUUAUUCUGGCCUUAUAAAUGUAACCCUAGUUCUUAGACCUUAAAUUUUUCCCAAAUAUAUAUAA